UCUCCUGGCGGCCAAAUACGACCCCCCUAUUGGGGAUUCCCCAACAACGAUGUGCCCUGUAUUGAAGUGAUCCUCUGUUUUCCUUUACAUAACUAUAUACUGGUCUCUGAUAAGGAACUCUCUACUUCAGCUGCUUGUGAUGUUGCUCGGCUAUUACAAACCUCACUCGUAAGGUUAAACAGUACUUACAGAUGUGUGCUAUUGAGACGGGUAUUUCAGAUAUGGUCGUGUUCCGGAUGGCAACCAUUAAGACAGUUGAAAGGACAUGAUACGAAAGUAAUGUGUGUCGAUAUCAGUCCAGAUGGCAAAUGGAUUAUGUCGUCAGCAUUUGACCGCACUUUCAAGUUGUGGACUCAAUCAGAAUAUUAA